AUGGCCCGGCUCAGUUGCUUCAUCUACCUGUGGUUCAGCUGGAGCUACGCGAGCGCAGGGGCCCCCCAGGGGCCAGGGAAAGAGCCUCGGGACCAGGUGGCCCAGCACAUGCUGCGUCUCUAUGACAAGUACCGCGGAGGUGACAGUCCAGCGGUCGGAGAGCCCCUAGAGCCCAGGCACCAUCCGCACGUACCCCUUCCGGAAGGCAAUACGGUCCGCAGCUUCCGAGCUCGAGGAGCAGGGACCCUGGGAAACAAAGAGCUACAUAUUUUUAACUUGACUUCCCUAACCAAGUCUGAAAGUAUUUUGUCUGCAACCUUGCAUUUCUCCAUUGGAGAACUAAUAAACAUUAGUUUGAGCUGCAUAUCUCCCAGAGGUUGUUCUCAUCAUGGAUACAGGAAACAAAUACAGAUUGCCCUGUCUGCCUGGAGCCUAACACCAGAUGGGAACCAAACGCAGUUUUUGGGCCAUAUUUUAGUAAAUGUAGCUAAACUACAUAGAGACCUGUUAGCCUGGCAAUCCAAAGACAUCACUCAAAUCCUGACCAAAGCAAAAGAAAACGGUGAGUUUUUCAUAGGAAUCAAGAUCACUUUUGAAGGACACUCCCUUUCAAAGAGAAUGCUGACCAAUUCUGAACCUUAUAUCUUAGUAUAUGCCAAUGAUUCAUCUAUUUCUGAAUCAGAAAGUGUAGUAUCAAGUCUCCAGGGACAUUGGAAUUUUCCCACUGGAGCCCUCGACAAGCUGAACAGCCACAUGAGGACUGCUCUAUCCAGGAAGCAGAGGAAGAAGCGCUCCAUCAACAGACCCCUGCUGCCCCUGCAGAACAAUGAGCUUCCAGGCACAGAAUAUCAGUAUAAGGAGGAUGGAGCUUGGGAGAAGAGGAAGCCUUAUAAGACUCUCCAGAUACAACCAGCUGAGAAGGGUAAGAGUAAAAAGAAGCAGAGAAAGGGCUCACAACAGAAAAGUGAGACACUGCAAUUUGAUGAGCAGACCUUAAAGAAGGCACGGAGGAAACAAUGGAUUGAACCCCGUAAUUGUGCCAGACGGUACCUCAAAGUGGAUUUUGCAGAUAUUGGUUGGAGUGAAUGGAUUAUCUCUCCAAAGUCCUUUGAUGCAUAUUAUUGUUCAGGAGCAUGCCAGUUCCCCAUGCCAAAGGGACUGAAGAAUUUCUAUACCAUCAGCCUCUUUCUAUCUGCUGGUAACCAAACCAUAGUUCCCAAGAACUCGCCAUUCCUAGCGAGCUGCAAAGAGCGCUAUGGGGCAGCUUUCCUCCCCCUGCACGACGCUAGCUCUCAAAUAUGUUCUGCUUUUGAGGGACUCUUGGGAAAGGAAUAUGGGAAGGCAAGUAGAAGGCAGAAGAAAGUGUGCUUCUUCCCCAAGGAUUGUUUUGGGGUAACCUUCAACAUUUCAAAAAAAGCAAAGUAUGUUGUCAAUAGACACCGCGGGCAGCUGGCAGCUUCUCGUGUAGACACCGAAACUCAGACACCUUUCCAGGGAAGCCUGAAUCCUCCUCCUUACACAAGACAUCCAUGUGAAAUGACUUCAUACUGCUAG